UUCUCAACUUAAGACAGUCAAAGAUGGCACAGAAUAAGGAUCCAGAUAAUGAUGGACAUCUUGACUGGAGGCUUCUUUUCCUGCCCUUUUGAGCUUCAGAGGGAUUCUGGGUGUCUCAGAACCAUGAGUCCUGUGGCUUUCUGCUCCCACUUUGUACCUCACCUGCAUGUUUCUCUCACAGACACACACUCUCUUAGUUGCAACGUCAUGGUCAAGACUCAUACCACACCUGGAGAGCCCUGUUGUGAAGGACGGUGCUCACUGGAUAGAGAAUCUUUCCUUCAGUAUGAUGACAACAAAGCCACACCUUUGGGUGACCGGGGAAAGGUGGUUCAUGUCACUCAAAUGUGGACAGAUAUUGUGCAAGAGCUGGAGAUUUUGGGGCAUGAAUUCAGGAAGAAGCUGGCUGAAACCAAACAGAGGAUGACCAAGAUCCAUGGUCACCCCACAUUACAGACCAUCAUACUUUCUCAGCUUGAACAAGGACAAAUCAUCGGUACCUUUUUGCAAUUUAACAUCAGUGGAAAGUACUGCAUGCUCUUGAACACAAUGAAUAUGAGCUGGACAUUGAUUAGUCUUGAAGCUGGAGAUAUCAUGAAUGAAUGGAAGAAUGAUGAGGAACUAAACAAGUAUCUGAAAAGCCUCAUGAAAAAUUUCUGUCACUGGCUCAAGGAACUCUUAAAGCUCCCCUGGGAAAGGCCAAGAUCAACAUCAAGGGCCCCAGAUAUCACCCAGCUUCCACCAACUGUAAAUAUCACCCAGCUUCUACCUACCAUAAAUAUCACCCAGCUUCCAUCCACCACCAAGUUUCAAUAUAAGGAAGUACUCAUAUUCAUCCCCCUGGGACUCAUGAUCAUAGCCAUUGUUGUUUGCAUUUGGAUGUGUGUGAAGAGGAAAUCCCAAGGAGUAAGAAAUCUUCAGAUGCCCAUGAACUGCUCCAUGAACUGCUGCAAGCCACAGAGGAAAGAGAGGCCCAUGGAGCCAAGUGGAGAGUUCCCCAACCAGGCCACCAAAAUGUUGUCCCAGGAGGAUGAGCCCCAAGACAUGAAGGUAAGAGUAUUCACUAAACAGACAUCUCCAUCACCCCAUCCAAGAGUCGGGAAACCUCUCACAGAGGGGAGAAGGAUGUGAGAGAACACUGCUUUCCAGCCGGGACAUGGCUGUUGAACUCUCAGCAGCUCUGAGGACUUGCACAAUCCCUGCAAAAGAGCAGGCCUGUCAACCUUCCCUUCAUGGAGGGAGGGGGGCUCAUGAGGCUCCAGAGCUCCCUAGAAUCUAUCUGCAGUUAAUGGUGCUGGAGCGGGGAGAGACAUUUUGUUCAGUGGUGUGGCCACUAGGAAGGACCCCAUGUUCUUAUAAAUGAUUCCUCACCCUCACUGCAUGAAUAACCCCAAAUGGAAUCAUUGGGUCAAUAAUAAUCUAAAAAUAAACA